UGGUGUUGGCCUUCGAGGCUCCCUUCGCGAAGCUAUCGUUUCGGAAGCCAAAGAUGUAGCAGCACGCGCAUGCGCUUUGCAUUUAACACGUCCCCAAUUCACUUCCAAGGGCAUAGACAGAGGUCAUCAAGGUGUCGGUCUUUUUAUUACUAGCGAAUUGUCACAGAUGAACAAAGGUCAUCUUGAAAUUCUUUCUGGUCCUCAAGAAUAUGAACAACGUGUACGAGGCAUUGCCGAGUGGAAAGGAACCAUGGUCCAUGGUGCGAUUAAUCUUGACCAAGAGUUUAACUACCGUCAAGCCAUGAAACAUUUUUCCGACCCUUCUAAACUUAGCAAUGAUCGAUUCCUUGUUAGCCAGAUCAGCUUAAAUGUUUACGGCCAACGCACCCUUCGCACUCGUGAACUUUGCGAGGAAAUAAUUCGAGAUCUUGAAUUGGCCGUUAAAAGAUCACCCAAAAUAAUUUUGGAUUUCACAGAUAUUGAUGAACUUAGUCAAGCUUUCCGCGGUUUUCUAAAACAAUUUGUGGUAAAGCAUUCGCAUAUACAAAUUAUGAUCAUGGUUCCUCCAGCAGCAGAUGAAGAGCUCAAAGAAGAUUUACAAGAAUUGAUCGAUCUAGCAGCCAAGAAUAAUCCC